GUGGGAGACCCAAACGCGGAAACGGCUUUGAGACGAUGCUGGCUUUAGAGGAAGCAGCAGUGGUGUGCGACUCGUCUUCAGGUCGCUGUGUGACACAAGCCGCGCCGAUGUAGAGGAAUGGACAGAGACACGGCCAGAGGUGACAGCAUGGUCCACAGCAGGACAGAAACCGACGGGGCCCAGGAGGCUCUGCAGCAGUGCCGAUUCAUCCAGAACCUGGUGGACAUCUCCCUCUCCAGUCUGCGGGCUCUCAGGACCAGUUGCGCCGCAUCCAACGACUUCACCCGGCGGGAGAUCCGCACUUUAGAGGUGAAGCUGACCAACUACAUGUGGACCCAGCUGCAGUGGAAGCAGAGGGUACCAGAGAGGGAGAGACCUGAAGCUCUGUGUGGAUACCCGAGACUGGAGGACUGGCUCCUAACAGCUGACCUCACACCACAAUUCAUACAGGCUGCAGCAGGGAAGCUCUCAGUGGACAGGUUGCUGCAGAACUCCAGCUCUGAGUUGCAGGACAUGAUGAGACGCCUGGGCUCCAAUUCAGAAGACCGCUCUCGCCUCACUGCCGCCCUCUCCUGUCUGAAGAGUGCAAAUGACACAGGAGUUGGCCCAAGGCCUGACUUUGGUUCCUGCAGCUCUGAGUCCCAACAGGACAGUGAUGCCUUCUCUCCCAUCAGCUCUGAUAGCCCCUCCACCCCCCUGACGCCCACCAGCACCCACGGCCGCUCCAUCUCCAUAUCGGUGCUUCCUUGUUCAGAUGGCGCCUUCACCCUGGAGCCAAGCCCCCUUCCGGCAACUCGAGCCCCAAAGUCACGCACUACCACGCCCUCCCACACGCCGCCGCCACCGUCCCGAAAACUGCUGCAGCUGCUCCCCAACAUCGCACUGACAAGGAGCAAGAGUCAAGAGUCCCAGCUGGCCAACCGCAUUGAGGAGCCUGCUGCACACAAACCCUGUAAGAAGAACAAAGUCUUGGCUGCUCUUCAUAUCAACGGCUCCGGGCACCCACCGGAGGACUCAGCACUGCGGUCACCGCUGCUCUCUGCCCGGACACCAGGCCCUGUCCCAGCCUCAGCCCCAUACACCAUGGCUGCCACUCCCACCCAGCUGGAGAAUGUGACCAUGCACAGGAGCUCCCCUCAGACAGUGAGGAGGGACAUUGGCUUGGCUGUAACACACAGGUUUUCAACCAAGUCCUGGCUCUCCCAGACCUGCCAAGUGUGUCGCAAGAGCAUGAUGUUUGGUGUCAAGUGCAAACACUGCAAGUUGAAGUGCCACAACAAAUGUACCAAAGAUGCUCCCUCAUGUCGGAUAUCAUUUCUUACAUUACCAAGGAUACGGAGGGCAGAAUCAGUGCCAUCAGAUAUCAAUAAUCGGAUUGAUCAGACAGCAAACAUCCCACUGCAGUUUGGCACUUUACCAAAAGCAAUAAACAAGAGGCAGGAGCCUCCCCCCAGUUUAAACCAUCUGGACUCAAGCAGUAACCCGUCAUCAGCCACCUCCUCCACACCUUCCUCCCCAGCACAUUUCCAGCAGAACAACCCCCCAAGUGUCAGCGCCACACCCCCACCCAACGCGUCGCCGCAGGGCUCCCGGGACAGCCGCUUCCACUUCCCAGAUGUUCCUGCUUCCACGCAUACUGCUGUUCAACAUCCUGGCAGUCACUAUGAGUCUGGAGUGUCCCAGGUGGCCAUCACUGAGAGGCAGCUGACAGCAGCAGAGCCAGCAAGGGGGGACGAGGGGGACGAGGAGGACGAGGAGGAAGCAGCUGACCAGGGCGACAGUGCUCCCACUGAGCAGCCUGAGGAGGACGAGCUGGAGGAGCUGCCCUCCUCCAUAUGCCGCCGCGGGGCCGUCGGCCGCUGGAGGGGCCCGUUCUCUCGCAUGGCCAGCCAGACCAGCAUCUACCUGCAGGAGUGGGACAUCCCAUACGAGCAGCUGCAGCUGGGAGAGCUUAUUGGCAAGGGCCGCUGGGGGAAGGUGCAUAAGGGCCGCUGGCAUGGCGAGGUGGCCAUCCGCCUGCUGGAGGUGGACGGCAACAACCAGGACCACCUGAAGCUCUUCAAGAAGGAGGUGAUGAACUACAGGCAGACACGGCACGAGAACGUGGUCCUGUUCAUGGGCGCCUGCAUGGCUCCGCCACACCUCGCCAUCAUCACCAGUUUCUGUAAAGGCGAGACUCUGUACUCCGUUGUAAGAGACAGAAAUCAUAUACUGGACAUCAAUAAGACCAGGCAGAUUGCUCUGGAUAUUGUAAAGGGAAUGGGUUAUCUGCAUGCCAAAGGCAUCAUUCACAAGGACCUGAAGUCUAAGAACGUGUUCUAUGACACAAACAAGGUGGUGAUUACAGACUUUGGCCUGUUUGGGAUGUCUGGAGUGGUACAAGAAGGCAGAAGACAGAACGUGUUGCGGAUACCUCAGGGCUGGAUCUACUACCUGGCUCCAGAGAUCGUUCGACUAAUGAGCCCGGAGGUUGAUGAGGACCAGCUGCCUUUCUCCAAAGCUGCUGACGUUUAUGCGUUCGGCACAAUCCUAUAUGAGCUGCAGGUGGGAGACUGGCCAAUCACCAAACAGCCUGUGGAAGCCAAGAUCUGGCUGGUGGGCAGCAGCAAGGGCAUCAAGAAGGUGCUGGCAGACACCAACCUGGGCAAGGAGGUCACGGAGAUCCUGUCUGCCUGCUGGUCCUCAGAGGCCGACAACAGGCCCACUUUCACCCAGCUGGCAAGCAUGCUGGAGAGGCUCCCCAAACUGAACCGCAGGCUGUCUCACCCCGGACAUUUUGGGAAGAACACUGAGUACGUAUCAUAGAAAGAGGAGCUUCAUUCAUGAUGCAGGGUGGAGCGGCCUACACCAUUUACACCAACAUUCAAAGAGAGUCUGCAUCAGUUUGUUUAGGUCAUAAACGUCUACAUUUCCAUGUCAUAUAAGAAGAAAUGAGAUGGAGCCAAAGGAUCCAAUACAAGAUCAAUAAAAUGAAAAAUGUUGUAACUAGGAUUUUUGUAAAGAAAUGUGAAUAUUAUGAAGCUGUCCUGCUGAGUAUCAACUAAUAUAAAUUACCUUUUCUAAUGUGACUGCUAUUUUGUAUUUUGAGGAAAGCUCUAGUUCUAGUAAGCUCACACGUUGCUCUGCCGAUGAUGGAUGGAGUUGUUGCUCCCUCUAUGCUUCCUUCAUCCUUUUUCUCCACACACUUUCAUAGUGUUUCUCACAGUCAGCAGCAGUAAGAUCCUUUCUUGUGUUCCCCAGUUUUACCUCUCCUUCUUUCUCCUCUCUCUGUGAUUUCCUCUCCUCUGGGUGCUGACCGAUCCGCCUCUGCCUGUUCCUGUUGUGGCUGAUCUCCACGGUCUCCCUUCCAUCCCAUUUUCCCCUUAUGUCCAUGCCUCUCUUGUCUGUUUAUGUGCACACUUGUUUUCCACCACUCUUUCCUAUUUCACUCCGUUCUUCUCUUGGCGAAGGCUGUGGGAUCAUUAUCAUCACUGCCUGAGAGAUCACUGCCAUCAGGGUCUACACGCACACUGUCCAUACAUGUACAAAUACAGCAGCUGAGAGGCAAAUGUGCUUUGUAAAACUCACUUUAUUUGGAUUUGACUCUUCAUAUUGGCUUGAGCCAAUAUUGACAAUAUCACUUAAAAGAAGAGUUCUUAUCUGGAGCGGCAUAUCCAACUUAUCUUCACCUGGAGUUAAAAUGUGAUCUGUGUCUGAAUUGAUUAAGCAUUCUUGUUGUCUUAAUUCUGCCCACAUGUGAGCAGAUCUACAGUUAUAUAGACAGAGCUCCUGGACUGUCAGCAAACAUGGUGUGUGACAAAUGACUUGGUAACAGGAAGGGGAGGGUCAUGAGCCGAGGGAAUAGAGCCGAGGCACCCGUGCGCUACUUCUCUGCACUCUGUCCAAGUAGGCUAAUAUAACUUAAAAUGUAAGAAAUAUUGUAGCACACAUCAGUCAUAUACCUCUUUCACACAAAUGACAAGGGUUAUCUGACCAUUGUUCAAACCUUCUUUUGUCAAUUCAAACCAAGCCAGUGACACGGGCUGAUCCCUGGUCAUAUCAACUCAGAUACAACCUGGGUCUCAACAUGGGAGCAGUACAUACCAAUUCUUAAUAUCUGUCUGUAUGUCAGUGGGCAUUGAUGUAUCCUCAUCGCAGGAAGGCUGCUGGUUUCAGCUGUUACUAGGCUACGACUCCUCCAAAUUAUUGGAGGUAAAAUAACAGUAAUUCAAGUGUUGC